GACUGUGCGCAGUUUACGACUUGAGCAUGCGCACAAGCGCAGUGAGGGCAACACUGGAAACAGCGGAAGGUCCGGCGGACUUCACCUAGCGUUUAUUUAAUGGUAUUUUGGUAGCUAUCUUCAAUAACACAAUUGUUAUUACGGGUGUAACAUCAAAUAUGGCCCGUGGGCACCAGAAGUUCCAGUCCCAGCAGAAAAAUGCCAAAAAACAGGCGGAGAUCAAGAAGAGCAAAGGUCAUGACCAGAAGGCUGCAGCUAAGGCUGCUUUAGUAUACACGUGCACUGUAUGUCGGACACAGAUGCCUGAUCCGAAGACCUUUAAGCAGCACUUUGAAAGCAAGCAUCCAAAGUCCCCGAUGCCCCCAGAGCUGGCUGGUGUGGAGGUGUAGCAGAUUUACCUCGCUUUGAGUGAGACACUUGGAGCUGAUUCAGGACAGGCUUCUACAUUGUUGCAGAUGAAAUAUGUUAAGUAUAACUUCAGUUAUUCCUCAUUCUGAUUAAUUGAUGUAUGGGUGUUUAUAUGCAGGGGUGGUGUUUGCCUUCAUGCCCUUGUUAAUUUUUCCAGGUUGAAUGUUUGUUUUUUUAACUGCUGUCAAAUGUUGGAAUUUGAUGAAGGCAGACACACAACAGACAGCUACCCUCUCUUGGCUUGUGCCAAAACUGUAUGCGUUCCAUUUUUGAAUGUAUGCAAUAUUUGCAGUGUCUGAUCAUUUCAAAAUGUUGUGCUCACAAGACCAGCUGUUCAUGAGCUCUUCCAGCACUACACCAUCUCAGGUCUCCCAGUGUUUCAGAACAAGCUUUGAAGGUAGUUAUAAUUGGCACUGGCUCAGCUGAGAAAAGUUGAUGAAAAUCGGAAGUCAUCUGCAUACAAAUCCAUUGUACUGUGAGACCCAUUAUGGAUUUCUGACUUUCAUUUGUGAUGCACUACAGUUGGGGUCAUAAUUAUAGUAUAGCCGGAAUGACUUUGAGGCUCCUAAUGUGCUUGGAAAGGCACAUUUAAAAUCACUAAUAAUGUGUUCUUCUGAGUAGAUUCAAAUCAAUUUCCAGCCUGCACUGAUCUAUUUUUUUUUGUUGCCUAGAUAAUUUCAAAAAUGCCACUAACGUCUGUCAUUUUUGUUGAUAUGAUAAAUGUGCUAGACACACUGUGCUCCACGGGUACUGUAACUGUGUGUUGUAUUUACCCUGCAGAUUUCCAUGAAAUGUAUUUAGUUCACAUCCACUUUAGAACCUUCUUUUGUGUAACAGAGUUGUUAAAGCCGACCAGAGAGGGCACUGCAAGUCUACUCACAGCAAACCCUUUCACAACUCAAUUGCUUAAACUGCUGCUAAAUAAACCAUUUAUAUGAGGAUCGAUCUUGUUAGAAAUGAUCUGCUGGCUGAAAACAAAUGUUUGCACUGGGUUUUGAGCUACUCCUGCCCCCUCUUCCCAGUUUGUCAUUGUAAAGAUAUGACAUAAUUGUGCACAUCUGUAGUAUUUGAUAAUGAUUUAUUUUGUCACUAUUGCAUUUUGCAGUGUAACCUGUCUCACACUGUCAUCUCUAUGGCAUAUGUGAAAACAAAUCCAAGUGCAGUCUCACACUCUUUUAUGUUAUCCUGUCAUGAUGGUGCAAAAGUAUUUCCACUCUGAACCUGCAUUAAUAGUCUGAACUACAUUACACUGUAAGUUAGCUUUGGUUCAGAUUUUUAUAUUAGUUUCUUUUCAUAGCAUGCUAACAGAUGAAGAUUUAAUUUAUAGAAAUGAACUAUUUUCAAUACAUUUGGACCUGCUGGUCAUUAACCACUGACAUUGUAUCACUGUGCUAAACUCUGGACUGACAACCAGCCAUGUUUUUACUUUUGUAAUAAUCAUAUCUUUGUGCACACAAUGUAAUGUAUAGCCUUUUAAUAAAGGUCUUACUUUUAUAUUAA